UUUAUCCGCAUAACUUACUGCAAGGCUACGUCGCUUACGUGCGUGUCGUUUUCCGUGAGGAGAAAUACGUCGAAAUCUGUACAUUAUUGUUUCCUUAAACGUGAAAAUGUGUAGUCGCGCAGUGCGCGGGUCGAACCAGUCUAGGUGAAAGACCCGGACAAUUCGGGACUCUAGCGCGUACCGAUCCGCGACGGGGAAACGUGGUGUCGAACUAGCACGGCGGCCGUCGGGCGUCUGUUAUCAAACAGGGCUCGGGCUCGGGCGGCAUGGCGGAGGCGGCGCCCGGUAUCGUCGGCGAGGAGCCGGCCGGUAUCGUGAAGGAGGGCUGGCUGCAGAAGCGCGGCGAGCACAUCCGCAACUGGCGCGACCGCUACUUCGUGCUGUUUGACAAUGGGGACCUGGUGGGCUUCAAGGCGCAGCCGGAGCGGCGGCACUACCGCGACCCGCUGAACAAGUUCACGGUGCGCGACUGCCAGAUCAUGGCCACGGACAAGCCGCGGCCGUACACGUUCACGAUCCGUGGUCUCCAGUGGACCACGGUCAUCGAGCGCAACUUCUCUGUGGACACCGAGAAGGAACGCGAGGAGUGGGUGGCGGCGAUCCGCUUCGUGUCAUCUCAGCUGAGCGCUGGGGGCCCCAGUGCCGGCUCGGGCUCCGCGCAAGACGCCGAGGACCGCGACAUCGCGCAGCUCGGCACCAGCUUCAAGGACCCGCGCCGUAUCACUUUGGAAAAGUUCGAGUUCGUGAAAGUGCUCGGCAAGGGCACGUUCGGCAAAGUAGUCCUGUCGCGCGAGAAAGGCACAGGCAAGCUGUACGCCAUGAAGAUCCUGAAAAAGCAUCUCAUCAUCCAGAAGGACGAGGUCACUCACACGCUCACAGAAAACCACGUGCUUAAGAAGACUAAGCAUCCUUUCCUCACGGCGCUCCGCUACUCGUUCCAAACCGCCGACCGCGUGUGCUUCGUCAUGGAGUACGCCAACGGAGGCGAACUUUUCUUCCACCUCUCCCGCGAACGGUCCUUUUCCGAAGAGAGGACGAGAUUCUACGGCGCUGAGAUCGUCAGCGCGUUGGGCUAUUUGCAUUCUGAAGGCAUUAUAUAUCGCGAUCUGAAGUUGGAGAAUUUACUCUUGGACAAGGAUGGACAUGUCAAGAUCGCUGACUUUGGACUUUGCAAGGUGAACAUCACGUACGGGCGCACGACGAAGACGUUCUGCGGCACGCCCGAGUACCUGGCGCCCGAGGUGCUGGAGGACGCGGACUACGGGCCCGCCGUGGACUGGUGGGGCACCGGCGUGGUGCUGUACGAGAUGGUCUGCGGCCGCCUGCCCUUCUACAACCGCGACCACGAGGUGCUGUUCGCGCUGAUCGUGUCCGAGGAGGUGCGGUUCCCCAAGGCGCUGUCGGCGGCGGCGCGCAGCCUGCUGGCCGGCCUGCUCACCAAGGAGCCGGCCAGCAGGCUGGGCGGCGGGCCCGACGACAGCCACGAGAUCAUGGCGCAUCCCUUCUUCGCCUCCGUCAACUGGGCGGACUUGCUCGCUAAAAAGAUUCCGCCUCCGUUUAAGCCCCAGGUGGAGUCGGACACGGACACGCGCUACUUCGACUCGGAGUUCACGGGCGAGAGCGUGGAGCUGACGCCGCCCGAGCCCGACGGCGCGCUGGCGCGCAUCCAGGAGGAGCGCUUCCCGGAGUUCUCGUACCAGGACAUCUGCUCCUCCGCGCACUCCGCGCUGUCCUCGCUGCAGCCGCUGCCGUCCCGCCAGCGCAGCCCGCCGCAGCCGCCCGGCUGGGCCUAGGCCGGACCCGGCGGGCCCUGGAGGUAGCAAGUCAGUCUAAUGUUUGAGGUACGAAAAUUGGAACGCAUAUUUCAAUCUUUAGGGUGAUUCUCUUACAGGUUAAACCUUCGACGCCGUGUCGAACACAAAAGCUGUCACUCGGAGGCCACGUCCCCGAAGUGUAAAAACUGAAAUUGAACUUUAUGCAAAUGCACGUAGGUCUAUGUUGCUCUGUGGUCUGUGACGGAUUAAUCCGUCUUCGGCGAUGGACCUACGGUGCAGAUAUAUCCGACAUUGGCGUCAAAAAUAUUAAGAGUUAGUAAAAUAGUUUGAUAGGCACUUCCAAAAGAAUCACCUCAAAGAAAGAGACUUACUGAAGUGGCCGUGAAUAUAUACCGUUGGUUCGGUAUAGGUGAAAAGACUCUUCAACAUUUUGUUGUACAUGCAACCUCCAGUGCAAUUAUAAGCUUUUCGCUGACAACGGCACACCUGACCACUUGUAGAUGUAAAGGCCGCUGUAGACAUACCUAAAUUGUAUUAUUAUUCAUACAGUCUAUUAUGAUUUACCUACAUGUUAACUGCCUUCAUGAAUAAGUAUAGUUUUUCAGUCUUUCAUUCUACAAGUGUUCAAUUUGUGUCUAAUUGUACAACCAGAAGGCAUAUCGCGUUGCCGUAAAAUCAAAAUAAAGCAUCUGUUUUUCCAACUGCUACUUUUUCUUUAUAUUUAGUUGUUGCCUCGCCAAUCUGCAUUUAUUUAUCCCUAGUUUCAACGGUAAAUUUGUAUAAAAAUCUAACAUGAGAGUCAGGUGUUUUGUCUUGCUUUAUCGUGAACGCGGACGCCUCCAGCAAACUAAUCGCGAAGGAUGUCCUGUUGAGCGUAGAUUUAAUUCUAAAACUGGCAAAAAAACAUCAAAACGGUCCAAAGUCCAUGCCUCGAUCGAACUCAAGAGCGGCCUGCUCUUGAGUUUAUAGUUGUGGCGUUCUCGAGAACGUUCUCAGUUGUAUGGGGAAUGUUCUUGCGAGAAUUUUCCCUUUAGUAAACGGAGAACAUUCUCGAGAACGGCACAACUAGGGGGUCAACAAUGAGGAAACAAAAUUCAACUCUAAAUGCAAAAUUCGAAGAUCGUUUUUUGGCUGGCAAAUUUAAUUUCCUUGGAAUUUGGAGGUUAAUCCUCAUCGUUGCAGAUGUCGCUACUCAAACCUCAGACAAAGAACCAUGAAAACACAACGCCAUGUAACUCUUAGAUAGCUCACUAGAUGACGUUGUAUAUUCAUGGUUGAGACUGCUUUAAACCAUGAUCACUGAUUCUUAGUCUUAUUCUGCCCUCAAACAGCGGUCUGCUUCGCGAUUAAGCUGCCAACCGACAAUCCGAUUGUCAAUGUAACUGCCUCGCAAUCUGAUUGUCCAUGCGCAUGGAUUGUUGGUUGAUUUUUAAGUGAGCUUCUCUACUUGUAUAAGAAAAGAUAUAACUAGCAUUAUUGAGAAAAGACGCGUUUUUAUAGUUAAAUUAUAGCGCGUCGUAAGGUCGCUAGUGUUUCACAAUGACUAUUGAUAUUUGUGUUCUACAAACUAAAAACCGAGUAAUUCACUAACAAAAUUAUUAAACAUUGGUCGAAUUACUUAUAACGGUAUCGACCGUGCAGUGGCGUCCUCAUCAGGGGGAUUAUAUUUUCUAAUAAAAUAUUUUAUUUUCCUUUUUUUUCCAUUUAGGAAACACAAUCCCCCUAAUGAGGGCGCCACUGGACGGGCGAUGCUCUCUUAAUGUGUUCAGUAGAUUCCAACUGUAUGAAAGACGCGUGUGAGAUAUCGGACCCUUGUAUGUAAUUAGAUAUGUAAAUUAGUAUAGUAUGAAAUGUAUUAACAUUUGGAAUCUACUGAUGAAACUUUUUUGUAGUUUAUACAUGGUUUGUAUUGUACAAAGAAAUAAUACAGUGAUCAACAAAAGUUCGUUACUAGAUCAUCAUUUUAAGAGAAAGAAAGAAAGCAAGAAAAUAAAUUUAUUCAGGACAAUUUUUGCUGCUAACUGUACCUGAAGAAGAAAAGCUCAAAUAAAAAGCAAUCAAUGAUCAAUCGCAUUGCCAACACAUAAUUUUCUAAACGGGAGGACCCGACUCCGACUGUAUCAACCGAAAUUGGCUACAGAAGUCAUAAUGUCUCUUUCACGCUUGCCAAGACUGAACAAGAACGAAAGAGAUAGCAUUGUGACUUCAGUUGCCAGUUGCGGUUUUAUCGUAUCGCGAAUAUUUUAAGUUUUCACUUCGUAUUGUUACAAGUAAGGACGGGGUCGAUCGAGUUGAUUGAAUGUAUGUAAUCGAAUGAAAUGCGUAUUAACGGUCGACUAACGUUUCUUAUUGGCCCCUCGACUACUGCAGACCGCUUAGCAUGACUUGCGUUGUCGCGCGCGACUCGAUAUAUCGAGCGCGACUGCAAGUAUGGAGUCGCGCGUGACAACGCAAGUGUGGCUAAGUGGUCAGGUUGGUGGUGACAGAAACUGAUCGCUCCGACAACGACGUCGCAAGUCAUUAACUUAAUAUACAGGGUGGAAUAAAGUUACUUGAUUUGAUUAAUAAACUAUCCUUAAUAUCGUCGUAAGGCCCAAGGUCCUACCUAUAGGACUUAUCAGUUCGAUGACAUUUAAAUCAUAUUCAAUUGGAACAAAGUUCUUUCGUUCAAUUUUCAACAAAAAAAAAAAAAACCUGUAUUCCCUGCACUAUGGGUUCAAUCUUGGAUUUUUCAUUUCUAUGACUGCCAUGACUGGGCCUUAGGAGGAUAUUGAAUAGAGUCAAUAGAGUUGUUUUCUAUAAACUGAAAAAGUGUUACAGUGGUUACGAAAAUUUUCGGAAAUAUAAGAAAAAACGAAGUCAAACGUUAAGCUCGAUUAUUUUAAGUCAUUAGAAGGAGUUGAUGUCAUCGUCUUUAUAGAUAAUUAACUGUCAAAAAUUAUAGAUAAAUAAAUAAAUAAAUCUAGCCUUGCAUUUAAACUUUUAUUCACUCUUUAAACAUGUAUGUUAUUCUCGCUUGGUUUGUUCCACCCUGUAUACCCGUGUAAAUUCUACGGAAUCACGGAACGCACGGGCUGACGCUGUUACAUUGGUUAGCCCAUUAACGGGCAUAAAGGUGUUAGAAAUUAUGCAAAAUUGAACCCUAUAUCUCGUUGAAAUAAAGCUCAAAAUCAUUAUGGGAAAUAUAAUCCCUCUGCCUUAUUAAUUACAUAUGUAUGACGUUCGGCAUCAGCGAGCGUGCGUUUCGUGGUCGAGGCGUAAAGGGGUCCAAUGAUUAAAAGUCCGCCGGGCGGUAUCGUCCUGUCAGUUCGGAACUGUAAACUUUUUGUAACUGUACUGUUUAACCUUUUGAACGCCACGCCUAUCGUACGCGGCGCGUAAUCGUGAACCUUCUCGGUACGCAUGAAGGUUGAUCAAUAUCAAUGCCCAAUGGCUGUAGCUGCGCGCGUCAUAUGACGUCUUUGGCGGUCAAAAGGUUAAACCAACUGUUAAUCAGUGGGCCCCGUAAGAGCGACGGACGGUGGCGAGAACGAGCGGCCUUAGAUAAGGAAGAAGCACAAUAUUUUCACUAUGAAAUAAUGUAUGUUUUAAAAAGUCUUUCAGACCGCCGCGGCCUGCGGUGACGGCCAAUUUAAUGUCACUAUACAAACUGUCUCUUGACUAUCGAUUCUACUCAAAAAAAACUAUUAGUACUCUGUAUCUUUAGGUAUUUAAAUAAAAGUAAACAAACAAUUUGUACAUUUUCGGGUAGUUAUAAGAUUUAUUGGUUAACCAACCAAAUACAAAACCGCCUGGAUAUGUCACUGAACGACCUGACCUUAACCUACAUUAUUUGAUGAUGUGGUGUAUUCAUCUACCCUCACGUGGCUUAAAGAGCUAUUUGAGGGUAGAUUUUGUUUACUUUUAUUUAAGGUACAGAGUAACAGUCACGGUAAUCUUUACGAAAAAGUUUUUGACUGUCAAAGAGUCGUGAAGUCUAAGAAAAUUCGAUCCUGAGUUUAAGACCUGAAGUUGGUAGCGAUAUAUGUGUCGGCGGCCGAUCGUAAGAUCAGAAAGAUUGUGAUAUUCCUAGGCAUAUCGUGAAACGUGAAAAUCUUUGUCUCGUUCCCUGAGUCGACGGACGCCUAAUUCUGGACAGUUUGCCCAUCGGGCAUCUGAAGCACAAAACAGAUAGGUACAGAAGUCAAUCACAUGUAUGUACUUCACUUUUCAUACUUACGCUCGGCAGUCGCUCUAGGGUUGUCGACUAUGGCUUAUGCACAAAAAACUCUCGUAGUAGUGGCACUCGUAUCUAGUUGUUUAAUUUAUUGUUGAGAAUAAAACGGGAAGAAUAGAAAUAUAAAUUAAUAAUAAAUAAAAUAUUUUAAUUUUAAUAUAAUUGUUAUUUUACAAAAUUUGUCACAGAAAAUACCUUGCGACGAUUUCGACAUUGGCGAAAUGCACGAUUAUUAUAUUUUAAAGUGUAAUUAAUUCGAAUUCACACGUACAAUUAUCCAACAAAACAAAACAAUAAAGGUUUAUUGUUACUAUUACAAUACAUAAAGUUUACAGAACAGAAACAUACAAAAUUAUACUUUUGUUAAUUUUCUGUACUUAUCGAAAAUCCCUAAUAACUUCUAAACGGAUUACCCUAGUUACACAAUCUCCAUUGUCCCAUCCGUUUUAGACCUAAACCUAUCAAAUAGCACUAAAUAUAUGUUUUCAAACUUACGUAAGGUGCCAUGACCUUACAAAAAUUUAGUUACUUCGUUUAUACUGAUAAAAAAUAGGAAACUAUUAUAUAAAACGAUCUUAGAUAUAUUCUAUGGGGGCCGGGGCGGGGCGCUUAUCUACCUACCUAACUGUUCCGUGCAACGUUAAAACGAACCAUCGAAAUACAAGCAGAUACAUACUAACCUUUCUGAAACCACUGGUAGCUUAAAAAACGACAAUUCACCGUUUAAUGUUGAAUUUAAACAACCGUCCACUGAACAGAUAUAAUAACUUUUUUUUGCUCCACUGUUGCAUAAAAAAGUUCACAGUCGCGUGUCUCAAGCGUAUGGCACUCGCGCUUUCACUAGUCUCAACCAGUCCGAGAUAUCGUGUCGGUGAGCAGUGUCUAUGUGUGCGUUGCUCGAGCGCACUUUGUACGUAGAUUGAUCUCUGUACCUAUCUGUUUUGUGUCGAAAGCAAACUAACGAACCUAUCCUACCUAUCUAUUGGUUUAAUGUGACUACCGUCAAAAUAUUACACAGGAACAUUACGAUCUGCCUGAUCUUUCGAACUGCCGCCGACAUAUAUGUGGUAACUAAAACGUCAACUUGACAUUCAGAAUUACUGCAUAAUUGUACAGCAUCUAAGUCAGCUUUCAGAUCAGAAAAACUAUUUUUUUCUUAGACUCUACAACUUGUCUCUUUUCGUGGAAUGACUGUCAGUCGGUCUUCAUAUUGGAUCCUUCCGCCGCUUCGGUGUGCGAGCGAGACAUCACAGUCUAUGUACAUAGCGCUGUCUCGCUCACACACCAGACCGUGAAGACCGCCUAAUUCGUUUGUUCAAAAGUACCGCCACCGCGGGCCGCAGCGGUCUGAGAGACCGUGGCCUGUACUCCGAGGCCGCGCUAGGCUAAGUGCAGUUUGUGUUAUGUAUUCUUUACCGCGUACCAUGUGGCGCCCGCAUGUUUAUAUGAACAUUAUGUACUGGGGACUCCUUGCUAAUGUAUUUCCUUUUGUAUAUAUUAAAGUUAGGAUUAAACUGCA